UUUAGCUACAUCCACAUCUUAGUUUUCUCACAAGUUACAUCAAAACAAUAUGAGUCGCCAAUACUGCUUAAUAUUUUUUAUCGGUCUCUUUCUCAUUACUGGAGCAACUGGGGAUUCGAAUAACGACUGCGUAUUCACCCUCUACGUGAAGACGGGCUCAAUAAUAAGGGCCGGCACAGAUUCGAAGAUUAGCCUGACGAUCGGCGAUCACUCUGGCCGGUCGGUGUGGGUCCCGGACCUUGAAUCGUGGGGCUUAAUGGGGUCCACCUACAACUAUUUUGAGCGCGGCAACCUCGACAUCUUCACAGGACGCGGUCCGUGCGUCGGAGCACCGCUUUGCCGGCUCAACCUGACCUCCGACGGAACGGGACCACAUUCUGGCUGGUACUGUGACUACAUUGAGGUCACAUCCACUGGGCCUCACACGGCGUGUUCACAGACGGUGUUCUACGUGGAUCAGUGGCUGGCCGUUGAUGCUCCUCCGUACAAGCUGACGGCCAUUCUCGAUGGGUGUAAAAAUGGUAAUGCGGUUGCGGAGCACGGGAAACGUAAGCUGUUUGCUGUAGGCCACCCCAUAAGAUCUGCUACUGCUUGAGAGAGAGAGAGAGAGAGAGAGAGAGAGAGAGAGAGAGAUUGUUGAGAUUUUGGGGCGUUUGAUUUUUUUUUUUUUUUUUUUUUUUGGUUGAAUUUUACGCUUUAGGCACGGUUUGUGGUAGGGAAACUUGAGCUUGCUGUUAGGCGUUAAUUAUUCUCAACUUAAUUCGUGUUUUUUUUUUUUUUUUGGGGGUUAAUAUUUUCA